CUCUUUGAUAGAAAGAGAAUCCGAUUCCAGUUUCAAACCUGAUGAUUGUGUUUUGAUUGCAUCAUAUGUAAGUAAGUAAGUAAGUAUGUGAGAUCUGCAGCCGGUUCAAAAGUGCUCCGGAUCCUGUUUGUCUGUAAGCAGUUUCUGUCUCACUGUUGAGCAACGCGUUUUCCUGUGAAACUAUUUCACCCUGGAGGGAGAAUCUCCGUGUGCUUCAUGUUACUGCUGGCUGAUUGCCUUCAUGACCCGCUCCAUGAUGCUUCCAGGCGUGUGACCCUGCGCGGAUACGCCAGACUUUGCGUGUGUUCACAUACAACUCCUGUGUGCUUUAUUAUGUAACUCUGAAAACUCCAGAUGGACAAUAAGCAACUGCCGGCUGCCCUUUGCACUGAAUGGCAGUUCUGUUAUUCUGGAAAGAUGACGUUGGAGGUGUUCCUCCCCUUGGACCUCAACAGCUCUACGUUGCUCUAAGUUCUUUUAUCAAAUAUGAGUUGUCAGCUGAGCCAGAAGCUGCAGAGUAAACACAGCAGCGCUGCAAACAAAUUCCAUAGCUGGGUUGAGAUUGAGGAAGGCGCCUACGGAGAAGGCCACCAAACACCCCCUUCCCCCCCCUCCCUCCCGACCGGUUCCAGUGGGCUCCCAAGUUGCGCUUACGACACUUUUGGCACUCGACCCUGUUUUUCUACCCUCCCAACAUCUCAUGGCACAAGUGUAGCGGACUCGGGGGAUUAUUAAUUGUUAUAAAAAUGAAGCAAUACAUCUGACCCCCUCUCUAGGACGGAAGAAGAGCAACACGCACAUUGGAACUUCUUGCACCUGCUGCGUUGGUACAGUCAUAGAACAUUCUGUACCUGGUGUUGCCAUCGACCCCCUUGGACACAGCCGAAGGAACUUUGAGUGCGAGACGUUUUUGAUCGUGUUGGACCAACAACAUGUGAGAGUAUAACCAUCCGUGACGGACAGCUAGUGAUGCCAUAAUGAGCACUACGGCUCGACCCGGGUACUGAAAAGAGCGUGGGAAUCUUCAUGUCCACACUCAUCAGAACGUGAAGUCUUGCGCACACAAACGGAAUAUCUUGCGUAGCCCGGCGAGCCCGCAGCUUUGCCGUUUAACCCCUAAAGUGCCACUUAAAAGUAGUUUGAUUUCGGCCACGCCCGUGCACGGCGCCAGGAUGCCUCAUAGAGCCGCCCGCUGUUCCUGAGAACGAGGCCUGGGGGGGGGGGGGGGGAGGGAGACUGCGUAGGAAAUGACAGAAUGCAUGACAGAAUGCAAAGCGCUGGUGACUCCGUCCACGCGCAACGGCCACCACGUCUUCAGCUACACGCUAGAGAGCCACACGGCGGCCGCCUUCGCCAUCAUGAACGAGCUGCGCGCGGGGCGCCAGCUGUGCGACGUCACGCUGCGCGUGCGCUACAAGGACCUGGAGGCGGUGGACUUCGAGGCCCACAAGGUGGUGUUGGCCUCCUCGUCGCCGGUCUUCAGGGCCAUGUUCACCAACGGCCUGAAGGAGUGCGGGAUGGAGCUGGUGUCCAUCGAGGGGAUCCACCCCAGGGUGAUGGAGCGACUGAUAGAGUUCGCCUACACUGCCAGCAUCUCCGUGGGGGAGAAGUGUGUGAUCCACGUGAUGAACGGCGCCGUCAUGUACCAGAUAGACAGCGUGGUCAAGGCCUGCUGCGAUUUCCUCGUCCAGCAGCUCGACCCCAGCAACGCCAUCGGCAUCGCCAACUUUGCUGAGCAGAUCGCGUGCAUGGAGCUCCACCAGAAGGCCCGCGAGUACAUCUACAUGAACUUCAGCCAGGUGGCGACCCAGGAGGAGUUCUUCAACUUGUCCCACUGCCAGCUGGUCACCCUCAUCAGCCGAGACGAGCUCAAUGUGCGCUGUGAGUCCGAAGUCUUCCAGGCGUGCGUGGCCUGGGUUCGCUACGACCGGGAGAACCGGCGGCCGUACGUCCAGGCGCUCCUCCAGGCCGUCCGCUGCCACUCGCUCACGCCCAACUUCCUGCAGGCCCAGCUCCAGUCUCUGGACUGGGACCCCCAGUGCAAAGACUACCUGGCCCAGAUCUUCCAGGACCUCACCCUCCACAAGCCCAACAAAGUCAUUUCUUGGAGAACGCCAAAGGUGCCGCAGCUGAUCUACACAGCGGGGGGUUAUUUCCGCCAGUCUCUCAGCUACCUGGAGGCGUAUAAUCCCUGCACGGGAGCCUGGCUGCGGCUGGCUGACUUGCAGGUACCCCGCAGUGGCCUGGCAGCGUGCGUGAUCAGUGGGCUUUUCUACGCUGUGGGUGGAAGGAACAACGCGCCCGAUGGCAACAUGGACUCCAAUGCGUUGGACUGCUACAAUCCCAUGAACAACUGCUGGCUGCCGUGUUCCCCCAUGAGCGUGCCAAGGAACCGGAUCGGAGUGGGCGUAAUCGAUGGCAUGAUAUAUGCAGUCGGAGGAUCACAUGGCUGCAUUCAUCACAAUAGUGUUGAAAGGUAUGACCCAGAACGGGACCAGUGGCAACUGGUGGCCCCCAUGUUGACCCGGCGGAUCGGUGUAGGUGUCGCUGUCAUCACCCGGCUGCUCUAUGCCGUGGGGGGGUUCGACGGGGCCAAUCGCCUCAGCUCCUGUGAGUGCUACAACCCCGAGAGGGACGAGUGGAAGACCAUGGCCGCCAUGAACACUGUGCGCUCCGGAGCAGGUGUGUGCUCUCUGGGGAAUCGCAUCUUUGUGAUGGGCGGCUACGAUGGCACCAACCAGCUGAACACAGUGGAGCGCUAUGAUGUGGAAACUGAUACCUGGAGCUUCGCUGCCUCCAUGAGGCACCGGCGCAGUGCUCUGGGAGUCACUGCAUUACAUGGAAGCAUCUAUGUAAUGGGAGGCUACGAUGGCAACACGUUCCUGGACAGCGUGGAGUGUUACGACCCCGAGAACGACACGUGGUCGGAGGUGACUCACAUGACAUCCGGGCGGAGCGGCGUUGGAGUGGCCGUUACCAUGGAGCCGUGCCAGAAAGACCUGCAACCGGGUCAGAAGUGUGAGAGGGAGUGUGUCCCCACGUCACCGGCCAACCCGUCAGCUCACUGCGGGUCCAGCUCCUACAACAACCAGCGGCACGACGGGCCCUUCGGCACGGACUGAUGGAGCUGUCCCUGGCACGCACACACACACACACACACACACACACACACACACACACACACACACACACACACACAUAGACAGACACACAUAGACAGAUGGACGGGCACCCCAAAACGCCACGCUGUCUUACCAAAUCCACACAAAGACCCUCACAACAAAUUAGAGACCACAGUGAAACACCACACGCUGCCUCACUGGUUCUGGACAAGCAAAAAAUAAAUAAUGAAAACUUUCUUGUAAAAUUGCAAUGGAAUAAAUAUUGAAGUGUCCGCAUUGGACCAUCUAUUUAAAGUGUAAGCCCACAUCCUACGGUCCACUUUUCUAGACGGGUAAGUUGGUCAGUUAGUUUGGGGUUUUGCAUGUGGCGCGUUCUGUUGGACCAUCACCUCCCAUGUUCUAAGCCCGGGGAGGAAAGGGCUGCACACUAAAACAUUCAAAGACUCAUUGGCUCUUAACACUUUAAGCAAAGGUUAUUUAUAAAGGAGAAUGCUACAAAAACAUAGCAUUUGACAGCACAGGCAGUAGAGUACAAAGUGCCAUUACAAUACCUGUGGGCAUUACUGACAUCAGUAUGUUGCCCAGAGGAUCUUUGAUGAAACGACAGAAUCACUGUUUGGUUAAAAUUGGUUCAGUUAAUGCAGACAGGCACAAGAAAGGACGAGCAUUUCCUGGUUCCCCGUCCUGAGCCUCUGCUGUGACGUUUGCGUGAAUGUGUCCCAAGUCCCGUUCAGCAAACUAUUGUUAAUUUCAGCCAAAUGAAGGCCAUCUGUUUACAAGUACACUUAAUGAUAAUAUUAAUUAAUUUUAUUCAUUGGCACCUUUCAAAGAACUCAACGACACCUGACAGUUGUAAACAAGCAGCAAUGCAUCACAGAGACAAACAACGGCAAAGUGAUUCUGUUAUAUUUAAACGCAUAAAAAAAAUUGAGACUACGCAGUGAAAUAUUGUCUGACUUCACACCCGAUACGCGAAGGUCUGUGGUUAUUAAUUAUUAGAUUUGUGUCUUUAACAGCAGAAACAAGCUGGGCAUGAGGGGCACGUGCUUUCUAAAUUAGGGCUCUAAAAACAACGUAAAGGUGAGCAAAUUUAUUAACUUUUAUUUCGUCUAUACAUUCGUAUCCACACGACAGGCCUUACUAACGCCGACUUUAGUUUAUACCAAAGAAAGUUCAUUGCCACAAAUGAUCUCGUAUCACUCGUAUGUCAACAAGUUGUUCUUAUAUGAGGCCCGAAUUUAUCAUUUCAAUUGCUUGUGGAGGAGAAAAAAGGAGGAAAAAAAACUGCAUCGUAACAAAUCUGUUCUUUAAUAUCCACUUGUAUGUUCAUGAAAUGGGAUUACUGGCGUUGGAACUGGCUGUGUUGCUUCUUGUUUGGGUGUCGGAGAGUCUGAUCCAGUAUAAUUGGGUGUAUGAAGUGCCAAGAGAACGAAAAAAAAACGGGCUUUGACGCCGUUUAGAGGAAUAGGAAUACAGUAGCAUUUAAAAAUGGUUUUUAGAAAAGCUUGAUUACUGACACAAACAAGACGCCUACUUGCGUCCAACAGACCUCAGAGGAGAAGUGUUGCAAUGUAGUGCUCACACAUUGUACAAGAAUAACAAAAGUGUAUUUGUAACAGCGAUUUAAGCUAAAAAUGUUUAUUCAGUGAUGUUUUUUGUACAUUGAUAUUCUAAGAAGUCUUGUACAGAAUCUCAGAUCUCCCUUUUUUAUUUAUUUGUUCAGUAUGGUUUUCUCGUUCCUCUACACUGACAUCAGCUUUGUACUGCAUUGGACUCUGGUGUUGUGUUUUUCAAUAAGUAGCAUGCCUUGUAACUAAGUAGAAAUGCCUGAUGCUAAUUUUGGAUGUUUGUGCUUCACUUCUAAAGGGACUUAUUUUUCUCUUGUCAGUAGUUGGAAUGCAAAUUAUAAUGUUAAAGGUCUGCUUUGUAAAUUUUCUUUUACAGCAAAAAUUUCCCUGUACAAUACAUUUUAAAGUAAAAUAUGUUUGUUGUA